AUGUUGAUGAUUUCCAUUUUUGUAUCUGCUAGCGGAUUUGUAGCUAGAGGUUAUUCAUGGAAUCAACUAUUGUUGGGGUGUUGUCUUGAUGAUGAUGGUUCGGGAUCUGGCAUCGUAGAUUUGGUUGUUACCGGUCGUUUGUCGUUGUUUAAAGGGUACUUCAAAUGGAGAUUCGAAGGUGUUGUGUGGAAGAAUUCAUUGGCCAUAUACGUUUCAAUAUUAAGGGGUAUUGAAGCCGAAAGCCACUGUGUCCCAACCGAACGACCAGCAAAAGCAAAACCGGAAAUCACCCACUUGACACUGUUCCUUAACAUCUCACUUCUCGAUGAAGAACGAGGGUCAUAUCCUUUCAAUCCAUAUGCAAUGCCUUCUCCAAAUGGUGUUGUUGAGGCUUUCGUUACUUUUGCUCCUGUUGCAGGAGGGAUGGUUACGACAGAGGCUAAAAGAUUGAUCAAGGAGUCGUUGAAAUAA